AUGUCACGAGAAGAGCUGUUGGUCUUGCGAAAGACCCUGAAAGACCUGCUGGACAGAGGAUUCAUCCGAGCGAGUAGCUCAGCGGCUGCCGCGCCGGUGCUGUUCCGCGACCGAUACCCACUGCCCUCAUCGCGGAGACCCUGCAGAAUCUGGCCAAGGCUAAGUGGUUCACCGUUGGACGUGGUGGCCGCUUUCCAUAAGAUCCGCAUGGCUCCGGGACAUGAGGAAAGACUGCAUUUCGCACGAGCGUACCUGGAUGAUGUACUGAUCUACUCGAGCGGUUCGAAGGCGGAUCAUGAGGCUAAGGUGCGACGAGUUCUCCAAGCACUCGCCGACGCUGGGCUGCACCUAGACCCAGCGAAGUGCGAGUUUUCGGUACAAGAGGUCAAAUACCUUGGGUUCAUCGUCAACGCAGGGAAAGGAAUCGCCUGCGACCCCGAAAAGCAGCGUGCCAUCCGCGAAUGGGAGGCCCUGACCACGGUGAAGGGUGUCAGAAGCUUUCUGGGCUUCGCCAACUAUUACCGGAUCUUCAUCCCCGACUAUGCCAAGAUCACGCAGUCUCUGGAUGCCCUGCUUAAGAAAGGAACUGCCUUUCAUUGGGGACGAGCGGAGAACGAGGCGUUUCAGGAGCUGAAGCGACGAUUUUGCGAGUCACCGGUGCUCAAGCAGUGGGACCCGAGCCUCCGAUCUUUUGGAGACGGAUUGCUCAGGCUACGCAUUGGGAGGCCGGAGUACAACUAUCCCAUUCACGACAAGGAGAUGCUUGCCAUCAUGAGAUGUCUCGACAACUGGAACGCCGAACUUAGGAGCUGCGGCCCAUUUACAAUCCUUACCGAUCACCGCAACCUGGAGUAUUUCAUGACACGCCAGAAGCUCACGGAACGGCAGAGCCGUUGGGCAGCCGAAUUGUCCCAGUUCGACUUCAAGCUCGAGUAUCGACCGGGAAGCGAGGCUGUCGUGCCUGAUGCGUUGUCCCGCCGUGAACAAGACAAGCCACAGGGCAUUGACGACGAGCGGGAACAAGGAAGAAUGAUACAGUUGAUACCGGAUAGUGCCAUUCCAUCAUCGACAAGAGCAUGUAUCAACGCGAUGAGUUCUGACUGUUCAGAGGCAUCCACCCUGCCGAAGAUGAAGGUCUUCGAGGUAGCGGACCUGCAGCAACUCUGGGACGAAACGGUGGCGAAGGACUCGAUAUUCCGGGCAGCCUAUAAGGCAGUCCGCGAUCGCGAGCGUGCCUUCCCGCCCUCGCUGGGCCUGAAGAUCCAGAUUUCAGAAUGUGCGAUCGACGCAGGCAAAAGGCUGACAUUCAGAGACCGUAUUUGGUCGCAUGACUCUGUUGCGACCGGUCAUCCCGGCAGGGAAGGUACGCUGGCUAUUGUGGCUCGGCGAUUCUACUGGCCUGGGCAGUCCCAGCUGGUUCGCCGGUACGUAGCCAAUUGCGACACCUGCGGCAGAGCACACAUCUGGCGCCAGUCGAAAAGGGGAUUUCUCAAGCCUCUGCCGAUUCCAGAUCGACCCCGAAGCCAUUUGUCCAUGGACUUCAUCACAGAUCUGCCGCCUACUGGACCGAGCAAGGCAAGGUACCUGUGGGUGAUUGUGGACAGACUGACAAAGGCUGUGACCCUCGAGGUGAUGGACAACAUGGAAGCUGAGCCGUGUGCAAACCGUUUUCUCCAGUGUCAUUACCGAUUUCACGGAAUGCCACGGUCCAUCGUCAGCGACCGCGGGAGCAACUGGCUAAGUAGGUUCUGGAAGAGGUUCUGCCGUCUUGCAGGUGUCACGCAGAAAUUGAGCACGGCCUAUCAUCCUCAGACGGACGGAGGGCCAGAGAGAAUGAACCAGGAGAUCGAGGCCUACCUGAGAGCCUACGUGUCGUACGUGCAGGACGACUGGGGAGAACUGCUCCUGCCGCGCAGCUGGCACUCAACAAUCGUGAAUCCGCAGCGACCAAGAUCAGCCCCUUUUCGCUGA